CUUCCUUCCCUCCUCCUCCUCUAAUAGAAUGCGGGAGGUUCGGGAGGGCUUUGGUGGUCCCUGCUCUGCAGAAGAACGCGGAGAUUCAAGACACCCUCGGUGUUCUCUUGACCAGGAGAGGAAGGAGCCUUGGGAGGGGGGAAGACAAGGCAUCCCUCCCUCUUCCCUUUCUCCCCUCAGAUCCCGAAGGCGAGGCGAGAUCGACGCGCGAUCCAGAGCCUUGCGAGCAGACGGCAAGGCGAGCCGCAUUCUGUCGGGCUCCCGGGGAAAGAAAGAGCGCCGUCGGAUCCGCGCCUGCCUCGCCUGCCCUGGACUCGUGGAGCGGGGCAUGAGCCCCUUGCCCGCCCCCCGGCGAAGGGAUGCCUUUCUGGUGCGGGCUGUGCUUCCUCCUCGCUUGCCUCCCUCUCGCCCAAGGAACUGAUUGCAAACCUGGUUGCCAUCCAGUGAAUGGGUUUUGUGAAGUUCCAAAUGAAUGCAGAUGUCGAUCUGGUUGGCAAGGCCCUCUGUGUGAUCAAUGUAUCCCGUUCCCUGGUUGUUUGCAUGGGACCUGUGUCAAAGCAUGGCAGUGCAUGUGUGAAGAAGGGUGGAUUGGCAGCCACUGUGAUACAGAUGUUCACCCCUGUGCUUCGAAACCAUGUACAAAUAACUCAAGCACAUGCGUCGAGACAGGCAAUGGUGGCUACAUUUGUUUGUGUGCUGAAGGAUAUACAGGGAAAAGCUGCCAUGUGAAAAAGGGACCCUGCAUAGUUAAUGGUUCACCGUGUCAGCAUGGAGGAACCUGUGUGGAUGAUGAUGGGUCUGCACCUCAUGCUUCCUGCCUGUGCCUUCCUGGGUUUACUGGAAAUUUUUGUGAAAUUGAUAUUGAUGACUGUGAGCCAAACCCAUGUGAAAAUGGGGGCACAUGUACAGAUAUCGGCAGAGGCUUCCACUGCCAUUGCCCCAUAGGAUACAGUGGGGCUUUGUGCAGCAGCCAUGUGUCGGCCUGUGCUAGCAACCCCUGUCAAAAUGGUGGGAUUUGUCGUGUGCACCCCAGCAGAGGUUUUGAGUGUCGCUGCAAACCCCAUUUUGUUGGUGUUACCUGUGCUUCUGCUGACAGAAACAAAAGUCUGAAUGGGGAGGCUAGACAUAAGCUAAAUCAUCAUUCCCAUAUGAGAGUUCACCACAAACCUGUUCACACCCAAGAACGGGAAGUCUUGACCAUCAAAGAGACAAUUGAAAACCGUCAGCCUUUUCUCAAUAAGAACCAAGUAAUCUGUUUUAUGGUUCUGGGCUUGCUGACGUGUCUUGUUGUGCUAGGUACAACCGGGAUUAUCUUUUUUUCCAAAUUUGAAAGGUGGCUGGCCAAUGCCAAGUAUAGCCAACUAGUCCGCAAGGAGAGAGAUGGCUUUCUGAAAGCAAAUGAAGGUGAGAAUCUCUCAGUGAAGAUCAUCUUUCCAGAUCAAACUGAGGAAUGAAUAACAACUAUACUACCAUCCUAUCUUUCUAUUUCGGUCUUAUAGUUAGAGAUGAAUACAAGCUAGUCCUACAGAUGAAUGGCUUUUCAUUUGUACUUAUAACCAUAUUUGGCACCCAGUGACGAUAGAGAAGUGUGUUGUAUUUAUGUCACUCAGAGACAUUUUCAUACCCCAGACAGUUUUUUAAAAAAAUGUAAUGUGUAAACCUAUGAAGUUUUGGGGUGUAAAAUUGUAUUCACUUUCCUUGGAGUAUGUUCCACUGAAUCAUAGUUCUGAAAAGACGCAUACAAGAUUGCAACUUAUUUUGCUUUUAAUAAAAGAAAUCAGAUGGGCCUUUGUUAAUAAAACAACUGUUUUCAUUGUACUUUGUAGCAUGUGGCAAUUGUUAUACUUCUUGGUGAUUUUCAGUGCUUAUUUUUAAUAAACAGCAAUGGUUAAGGGCUA